AUGCAGCGCCUUCCGACCGCUGCGACUAAUGAACGCAAUGUGCAACUCAACGUGGCCAUCGAGAAGCUAGGUUUCAGAAUAUACCACUGGUAUGUUUUCCUUUGUUGCGCAAGCGUAUGGGCAUGUAUGGGCUGGUUGUCAUCGGCCGUCGUCUUCAUGAUGGAUGCAGCCGGGGAGCACGAAGGUGAUUGGGUGAAGCUCACAUCCUCCAGCCAGAGGCUUACAACAGAGGACAAAAGUUUGAUGCUUGGUUUGGCCAUCGCGGCUGGUGGCUUUGCAAACGCCUUAAUCGGCGUCGGCAGCGAUUCCAUUGGCAGGAUUACCACCAUCUUCAUUUGUAUCUUGAUGUGCGAUUUCGCCGUGGCGGGAUUUGGCAUGGUCCGGAACAAGCUGGCGUUGAUGGCCGUGUUGACGCUAUGUCCCUUUAUGAAGGAUGGCCCUUGCUUGCCAGCAGGUGUCCUUCUCGCCGAGUGGCUACCGCUGAAAUGGCGCAGUACGCUUCAAGUUUCUCUCCAUAUGAUGUGGAACGUGGGACGUUUGGGGAUAACGGUGCUGUGGGUUGCUUUGCCUCCGGCCGUCAAUUGGAAGGCCUUUUUUGCCGCGGUGGCUGCCUUGCCUUUGGCACUCACCCUUGGCUUCGCUUUGCGUGGGAGCAACUACGAGAGCCCACGCUGGUUUGCAGUGGACGGCAACAUGACCCGGUGCAUUGAGCAGUUGCACCGAGUGAAGGAAGCAGACGUCGACGGAAGUGACGAUGCCAUCAACAUUGCCAAACUAGACCCCGCAAUGGAAGGCCAGGAAAUCCAGCAUCGCUCCUGGCACGAUCGACUGUCAGAGCUUCUUGCGCCUGAUGUGCGGUCUCCGCUGCUGGUGCUUUGCUGCGCUUACUUCAUGCUUGGUUACUACAACAGCGGCUUGUUCUACUGGCUUAUCGAGUACUUCAAGUAUCGCGGCAUGGAGCUGUACGUUCCGCCGGCCAUGAUGGCAGGACCAUGCGGGAAAGUGGCGGGGGUGGUACUGCUCGUUCUGGGCGGCCCUGAGAUCUGCGUCAUUGACCGAUUUCGCCGCGUGCCUCUGAUACAGCUAGGCUUCUUCGGAGCGGGCGCUUUGCUUCUUAUGAUUGCUGCGACCUCGAGCCCUAUCCUUGCGGUGGCAGCGCUGUUCAUUUCUGCGAUUUUCGAAGAAAUGAUUUGGAGUGUGGCAGGGUUGUGCUUGCCAUGCUUCUGCAAACACUUUUCGGGCAAGCUGCUCAGUUUACUUCCCAAUCUCGAAAGCAUGGCUUUCCUCGCUUUGCCGCUCUUGGCUGUUGCCCCGCUUCUGGCGCAAGCGAAGAAGCCACAUGUGUUGUUCAUUCUGGCAGACGACUAUGGCUGGGGCAACAUGGGCGUGCACCGGCGGGAUGCCGCUUCCACUCCCGAGGAGCAGCAGGGUAAGGUGGAGGUGCACACGCCGAACAUGGAUGCCUUGAUCGAUGAGGGCAUUCUUUUGGAGCGGCACUACACCUACAAAAUUUGCUCUCCGACUCGAUCCUCGAUCCAAUCGGGUCGCCUUGCAGUGCAUGUGAAUCCCGUCAACUCAGCGGUGACCUCCCGCAACUACAAUGACCCUGUCAGUGGAUAUGCCGGCAUCCCAAGGAACAUGACAGGCAUUGCUGAGAAGUUGCGGGAUGGAGGCUACCGGACGCACAUUGUUGGAAAGUGGGAUGCGGGCAUGGCGACUCCCGAACACUCACCGAAAGGCCGCGGUUAUGAGAGCUGGUAUGGUUACUACCAGCAUGCCAAUGAUUAUUGGCACAAGAGCACCGUGUUUCUGGCUACCGGUGAGAUCGAUGCCUGCUUAAACCGCAUGCGGGAUCUUUCAAUGCACAACGAGACAUAUUCCGGCCCCGUGCGCGAUGCGAUCUCCUUGUCAGCAGCCUGCCAGGAGGACGAGGAGUCAGAUCCCGGUUGCUAUGAAGAGCAUCUCUUCAAGGAGCGAGUGCUGAAGAUCAUUCAGAAUCACGACACGUCAAAGCCGGAGAAUCCGCUCUUCCUCUUCUACUCCUUCCACCUGCUCCACACGCCCCUGCAGGUGCCCAAAGCCUGGCUAUCUAAGCUGGACGCCUUGGUUUCUGCAGCCGGCGGCAGGCCCAUUGACAGCGAGAACAGGCGACUCUAUGCUUCCAUGACACUGUACAUGGAUGCCGCCAUCGGCGAAGCUGUCGAUGCACUGAAGCAACGGAAGAUGUACGACAACACACUGAUUAUUUUCACCUCGGACAACGGUGGCCCCAUCUACGAGCCCGGUGCAGCCUCCAACCAUCCCUUGCGAGGUGGCAAGUACACCGAUUGGGACGGUGGCGUACGUACCAACGCUUGGGUUUCGGGCGGGUUUGUGCCCCUGAAGAGGCGAGGGGCAAAAUACACCGGCAUCAUCAACGUCGCGGACUGGUAUGGUACCCUUACGCAGCUGGCGGGUGUCGACAUGACCGAUCACAAAUCCGAGAAGGCUAACCAGUUCCUAAAGGAGAAGGGCUUGCCACUGCUUCAUCCAGUGGACAGCGUGCCGCAAUGGGACAACAUCAUCAAUGACAAGCCCGGCCGGACAGGGCCAAUGCAUCUCAGCUCACAGGCUGUACUGCGCUGGCCGUUCAAACUGGUGACGGGCAAGCAGGUCCUUAGUACCUGGCAGGGGCCACUAUAUCCCAAUUGUUCUACGGUGCACUCACUCAAGGACCAAAACGGGCCACUGCCGCCACAGCAAGACAUGAAGGUUUUUGGAGAGCCCCUGCCGGUUGCCCAGUCGCAGGCCGAAGUCGACAGACAGACCUGGACGAUCGACUGUGGGGCUGGCUGCCUUGUGAAUGUCGAGGAGGAUCCCACUGAGCACGUCAACCUGGCACACGAUCCCAAGCAUGCCGGAACUCUCAAGUCUCUUCAAGAGAUGCUGGAAGCCUUGAACAAGGACCUCUUCAAUCCCGAUCGCGGUCUCGAUCGCAUCGAGGCCUGCGAGAUGGCCAUCGAUCCCUGGUUCUACAGCCCUGCGCCGCCGAAGACUCUAAAGGAGCAGGUAGAGGAUGCGGCCCUGACAGCCGUGCUUCGCAAAGCCAACAGCCCGAUGGGGAAGACCCUGCUUGUUUCAUCCAUACAGACGAUCGCACCCAGAUUGUUUGCAAACUCGAACUUCGACACAUGUGUGUAUAUGACCGAAAUCUUCCCGACGACUGUCAGAUCCGCCGCGCCAGGAGUCAUCAACUUCUUUCUGAGCGUCGGGGCCAUCACGAGUGCCUCCAGCGUCGGCGAGCUGCUGGUCAUUCAUCCUGAGCUGCCCAUGUUGCUCAUGGCCAUCGGGAUGAUCGCCGGAGGUAUCCUGAUGUAUUUCUGCGAGGAGAGCUUUGGGGAACCUUUGCGCCAGGCGUCGUGGAAUGACCAGUUUGUGCUUUCAAAGAUCCUCAUCAUUGAACCUAUGGGCCUAGAGCCUGCCGGUUUCGAGCCAGCCAAGCCCGGUCCUGAUGCUCGCACCCCGCACGAGCUCAGCGCCCUUGAAUGCCGCGGGUCUGCAUCGGCUGCGGCACCACGCAGCCCAUCACCCACAGCAGCUCUGCCGACGCGGAGUCCAGCACGACGUACAGUAGAGGCUCUAGACGUGAGAGCCAAGUUGGUGCACUCUCCGGUCUCGGCACCACUCACUGGCCCUACGUCUCCACACUUGGGAGCCUCACCGUGCCUCGCGGCAAAGAAUGUUUCUCGCUCCUCAGAUGUUUCCCUGGCAGCGCCGGCGGUCCUACGUGAUGAGACGGAGACAUCCGCGUCCGUGCUGCUUGCACCGCCAGCACCGAUGUUUCAGGAGUUCCAGGGCGCAAACCUUCUGGCGCAGGCGGCAAGCGACGAGUUGGAGCAUCUACGUGCGGAGGAGCAAAGCUUGCGGCGCCUUUGGCAGCAGCUACAGGCCCCGCCACAAGGGGAAGACCCGACCGCACAAAAUGGCCGCCAUGCCGAG